GAAACUCAUCGGUUUCAAAAUGUCAUCAGUCAAACGCUUGGUUUAUGCAGUGAUUCAUUUCUUGAGAGAGCAGAGUCAGAUGGACACUUUCACUCCAGAUGAACAAGAAAGCUUGGAAGUUGCAAUUCAGUGUCUGGAGACUGUGUUUAAGAUUAACCUGGAAGAUACUCAUCUUGCACCUCCACAGCAUUUGGUAGAAAUGUUUACAAAUUCUUUUCACAAGAAUGACAUGCUGCCUCUCUCAGAUUCUUUACCAGAGGAUGUUGAAAAGGCUGACCAACUGAAAGAUGAAGGUAAUAAUCAUAUGAAAGAAGAAAAUGAUGCUGCUGCAGUGGAUUGUUAUACGAGGGCUAUAGAACUGGAUCCAAACAAUGCAGUCUAUUACUGCAACAGGGCUGCUGCUCAAAGUAAGCUCAACAACUACAGUGAAGCAAUAAAGGAUUGUGAGAGAGCCAUAGCAAUAGAUCCAAAGUACAGCAAAGCGUAUGGGAGAAUGGGGUUGGCUCUGACCUCAGUAAAUAAAUAUGAAGAAGCAGUUACCAGUUACCAAAAAGCACUGGAUCUUGAUCCAGAGAAUGACUCUUACAAGUCAAAUUUGAAAAUAGCAGAACAGAAACUGAGAGACAUGUCCAGUCCUACUGGAACUGGACUGAGUUUUGACAUGGCAAGCUUGAUAAACAAUCCUGCUUUCAUUAGUAUGGCAGCAAGCUUAAUGCAGAAUCCUCAAGUUCAACAACUAAUGUCCGGGAUGAUGUCAAAUGCCAUUGGUGGCCCUGCUGCGGGUGUUGGUGGCCUGUCGGAUUUGUCCAGCCUGAUCCAUGCGGGGCAGCAGUUUGCACAACAGAUACAACAGCAGAAUCCAGAGCUCAUAGAGCAACUGAGAAACCAUGUCCGGAGCAGAUCUUUCAGUAGCAGCACUGAAGAGCAUUCCUGACUUACAGAAGGCAAGUGAAUUGUUAUGGUAUACCACCCCAAAAUACAUACCAUAGUUAGUAGCAAAAGCACCAUUGUAACUCUUCUGCUUGAAUAGAAGACAGAAAAUUCUUUGUGCGUGUUUGCAAACAGGAAUAAAUCUGUUAAACAGAUCUAUUGCACAUAACUUGGAACAUAUUGUUUAUGUAUAGUUACUCCUCUGAAAAUUAAUACAGUAAAUAGGUGGUUUAUUAAAAUCCCUAAGUACAAGUCCUUUUCAGUAUGUGCAUUAGAUUGACCUUCAGGGCUAUUGAA